CCUACAGCAUAGAGUGGCAGGCCGCGUGCGAUAGAAAUUCCCCAAGAUCUUCACAGACACCAUACCCCGCCACGUCGCCAUUGCAGUGCAAGACACUCGAUAUCGGUUUUAGACUCGCGCUCAUAAUGCGACCAUCGCCGGUUUUGUCUCUUUAGACGGUAGGUGGCUCGCUCAGUUUCGUGUAGAAUUAAAGAACAUAGAGGAACGUAACGGGCCUCCCACAUAGCCUACCAACUAUGCCUUUCGCGCAGAUCGACAAGGGAACCACUAUCUACUAGUACGAGGACACUGGUGCCCCGGAUGGCUCCUCGACUUACCCUACUAUCGUUAUCACGCACGGCCUGCUGAUAAACUCUGGUAUACCCAUGCCUGAGUUCAAUGGACGACGUCUGGCGCGCAAUAUACUGUAGGUACUUUCGAUCGCGUGCUGCCGUAUGCCUUCAAAUACGGUCUACGCAUGAUCACCAUGAACAACCGUGACUACCGUGGAUCGAUGCCAUACACCGAAGAAGGGCUGGCACACAUGACGAGUCCCGACGUUGAGGUCCAAGCGUUUGCGGUGCGCAGAUGGGGACAAGAGAUCGCCAAGUUUCUCGCAUACGCCAGACGUUGCGCAUCCCUGCUAUCACAGGCGAGGGGGACAAGAAAAAGGGUGGGCUAAUGCUAGUCGCGUGGUCUGUGUCCGGCAUCAGAGUUACGUCCAUCCUGGGAGAUCCUCGGACAAUGGGGGACGAUUUGACGGCUACGCUGGCCCCUUACAUGUGCAGGCUCUUAUAUUAUGGUGCGCAUCAGAGCUCCUACGGACAAGUGGCCAAAUGCUCAGCUAUUUCCCGCAGACCCGCCGUCUCACAUAUACUAUGGCAUAGUACCCGAUCUGGGUUUCACUUGGCCUUUCGUCGACCCUACGGUCCCGCCUGAACGAAAAGCAGAUGCAUUCGUCGACUGGGUGUCUGAAUAUAACACCCCGCCGCCAGACGGGACCCCCAUCACGGUCGAGUCGAUGCACAAGUACUUCACCACUACCCCGCGCACGCCGACGCUCCGCACGCUGUCUCCGGAAGAGUAUGAGCUAACCGUUGAACUCAAUGUUCGUUCCGGCGGUUUGAUUAUGACGACAAACGAGGCGAUCCGCCGUAGGCAUGCGCGCUGCACAUAUUUUGACGCAGAUGCGGUCUUGCCCAAUGUCGACAUCGUAUUCCUCUUCUGCGAGGAGGGUACGUGGUCGGGUAUGUGGGGAACCAAAGUGGUUCAAGACUUUAUUGAAGUGGCGGCCGAUCCGGGUAAGAAGAAGCGAAAGGUCACUUUCCAGGGGUUGAAAAACGCAAGCCACUUCAUUUGCUGA